AUGGCUACAUCGUCUUCUUGGUUCUCUUCGGAUGCUCUACGUCUUCUAGAGGCCCGCAACCGACGUGAAGUGACCGCCUUUAGUGAAUUGAUUGCGUCUCACCAGCAGCUUUUAUUCCGCUCGUCGCUAGGCGCGAGCUCCUCGUCUCUAAGUGCGUCUCAGCGUCUCACAAACCCUCAGGAACAAGAUGAUGCCACUGCACAGAGAUAUUUGGCGGCUAUUCAGAAGCUGGAACACGAACUGGCGGACAGAAACGCGCAGCUAGCGAACUACGCAGGUCAGCAGCUAGCACUGGUGAGCGAGAGCAAGACGCUACUCCAAGAGCGCGAGCAAUGGGAGCAACAGCUUCUUCUGCUUACCAAACGUCUGGACGAGGAGACGGUAUUAAGUCACGAGAAAGAUAAGGCGUUAAAGGAGCUUGAAGAUGCUUUAGUAUUAUCCAGAGAGGAGCUAGCGAGACAGAGAGCGCUACUGGAAGGCAGUGAAGCGGAGGGGAGCCGACUCAGGAAGAGAAACGCUGAAUUAGAGAGGCAAGUGCAGGAGAAGAACGCGCUGUUGCAUGAAUGGAUUCAAUCGAACAGUGGAGAGAAGAGUGGCGAGCCAUCUCCUGCUCUUGUGGCAAUGGCUACACAGGAGGCAGCAGAAAGUUUGACUCAUUUAUUAUUAAAUGAGGAGGAAGGACUCAGUGGAGAAGGUGUAGCCAAACUCGUGACUCAUGUAACGCACUCGAUCCGCGCACACGCCACUGAAGUAAAUUCGGUGUGUUUUAACACGUCGGGCAAGAUUUUGUUUAGUGGCAGUAGUGACGGCACAGUGAGGGCGUGGGAAGCCGAGGCCGCGUCCUUGUCGCCUCCCAGAGCUCUCGGAGAGUACAGAGGAGUGGGUACAGCUCAUCCGUUGCUGUGUGUGCGAGCAUCAGAGGACGGAGCGCUUAUCUUGGGUACAGGAUGUGACCGCAAGUGCUUUGUAUGGAGAGUAGGCACUGGGCGCGUCAUGCAGACUCUUACAGGACACAAAGGCAAAGUGUUGGCAGCUGAAUUCUCGCCUGUUACGCCACAUGAAGUGAUCACAGGCUCGUCAGACCGCAGUCUCCGUGUGUGGGAUGUCUUGCGCGGUGUGCGUCUUCAAACUGUGAGUUGUGUAUCGAGCUGCAAUGACAUCGCGGCACCUUCUGGAGCAGACUCGGGCUUCGUACAGUUCGCGAGUGCGCAUCAAGACGGUGCAGUGCGCUUCUGGGAUACCAGAACUAGACGCUGUGUACAGGAACUACGUGGCCUUCACACCGAGCAGACGACUUCUGUGAGUUUUGGAGGUAGUGAGUUACUUACAAACUCACGGGAUCAUACUCUUAAAGUUAUCGAUCCUCGAACGUAUGGAGUUCUUCGCGAAUUGCACCAUAAAGACUUUCAAUGUGGCUUUGACUGGGGCCAAGCGUCUCUCAGUCCCGACGGGAGAUACGCUCUUGCAGGCGGGGCAGGCAGCUGA